AGUAAACAUGCAAAAGGAGCUGACAGCUGCCAGCAUUUCAGCCAUGCCACUCUUCAGUCUCUCUGAUACCAAAGCCCGAGGCCCAUGCUUGCUUUACCGCUGUAAAUAUUGACAUCCAUCGCUUAGAAGCCCAGCUGAUUGGCGAAUUCGCAAAUCUAGUCUGCAGCGAACCCGGCAAUAUUCCAGGGUAGGCACGCAGCCUUUUUUUCUUUUUGUCUGGACUCGGCUCCUUACAUAAGCCGCAAACACGAACUGCAAGCCACACGCGCCACACCUGAUUCUCAGCUCCGGAAAGUCGCCUUCAUGGGCUCUUCAACUCGCCGUUUCCUGCCAGCGAACAAACGACAUUUCCGACGAUUGUUCAUGCAGCGUCCUUCAAACCGGGCAUUCAUGACAUGGCAAAGGGCCUUCACAACUGUCUGGUUUGAUUUAAUUGCAUUUAUCGCUGUGGCGAGUCCAAGAGGCAGAAUUGACAAGAGGCUAUCAUCUUACAAUGUCUCCUGAUCCACCCUCGAAAGAGGCAGCCCCAGAGGCAGUUGCCAAUGGCACUACAAACGAUGCACCAAACGGAAUCCCAAAGGAAGCCCCGAAAGAAACAGUGACGGAGGUGUCGAAGGAAGCUUCAAAAGACGUUUCAAAAGAAGUUGCAGCUAAAAGACCCUUCACUUGGACUCAACCACAUCCCAUAUUCGUCAUCAUCCUUGUAGGUACCGAUGAGCAGCCGUUUGGCAUUCAGAAAGACUUUCUCUGCGACCGCUCCGAGUUUUAUCAGAAAUAUUUCCAAGAAAACGCCGCAGAGCCUGCGAUAGAGCAUAUUGUGAAGCUUCCAGAUGCAACGCCCCAAGUAUUCGGGCUGAUACAAAGCUUUCUCUACACUGGAAAGAUUGGGGAUGAGAACAUCAACGCUAAUUCCUAUGAAUCGCUGGUUGGUCUGUGGAAGUUGGGUCACAAGCUUGCCAUCAAGGGGCUAUGCGAGCAUACGCUAGAAGCAAUGGUGGAAUGCCGACGAACCACUGGCCGCAUCCCGGCAACGCCUCUUCUCAUCCAAGUCUGGCGAGACACUCCCGAGGGCUCUUCCAUCCGAGUCUUGCUACUGUCCUGGGCUGCGGAAUAUAUGAGAUCUUCGGAUGCAAGAGCAGAGUUUGCCAAAUCAUUGCCCCAAGAAGUUUUGAGUGAGCUCGUAGUUACCAUGAGUUCAUUCGAGACGAUGGCUCCUCCAGCUCCUCCAACCCCGACCCCAGCCCCAACCGCCACUGCAGCUACAAUUGCCAUCGCUGCCGCUCCUCCGAGCUCUAUUAAAUCGUCCAGUGCUCCUAUUACGACGGUGAUUCGAAAAAAUGUUCAUUAUCUUGAUGAGCUGACUGAUGAAGAAGCCCUUGGUGCGAAGAAGAACAGGCGGUCGAGUGGCAUAUCCAGCGAUACUGGCUCAAGCCGCAAGCAAAAUCGCAAAUCUGGGUCGUCUCCUCCUCUGAAACCGCAGAGGAGACGCACAAGUGCAGCUGUUCUAGAGGGCAAAACAUUUUCAACACAGCAGAAGCUCGAUUUUUGUGCCGACCUACUUAAUAGAAUGCUGUCAGGGCCAGGAUUUUGGACUCGUCUAGUUGGGCCUUUUCGGGAACCAGUCGACCCUGUCGAGGACGGCGUGCCGGAUUACCUCGACAAAGUCUCAAGACCAAUGGACCUCAGCACGAUCAAGCAGAAGAUGGAUCAGAAAGAGUACGCAACCGAAGAGGACUUCCAGGCUGAUGUGCGCCAAAUCUUUGACAACUGCUUCACGUACUGGAAAAAGGGCGACCCGAUGUGGGCGGCGGGCGAGAGGCUCCAGCGCACCUUUGAAGAGAAGUUUUCGCACAUGCACAAGUGGAUUGCCAAGCUGGGGGGCGAAGAGGGCGAGUAGGGAAGCUCGGAGCCUGAAGAACGGAGAGGCCCAGGGAAAAGCUUAGCCAAGAGCCCGGUGAAGAAGAAGAGAGCUGUGACGAGGUCGGCGAAAACAAGUUGAUGGAAAGACUAGUACUCGUUUCCUUGCUGUAUUCUGGGGUGGCUGGUCUAUUGCUGUGUUUGCGUGUUUGGUAAGCUGAGAGAAGUGUCUGUUUUGUUUUUUCUUUUGGCAAAGAUAAUGGUCGUGGAUUUCAGUUGAUGAAGCUGUUGGCUUGUGCUAUUGUUUCAAGAUGGCUGGUGGUGAUUUGGCAGGAUGAGACGUUGAGGAUGUAAUGGUACUUUAGCCUUGGGUCAGUAGGAUCUAGGGCAAUUCUGUAGGAUUAAUGGAAUGUAUAAUAUGGUACGGAUAAAUAGCUGUCAUCACGUCUCUCUUCUCUCU